AUGCCCUCCAACCACAGCUCCCUCCCGCAGCCUCUCCCGUUCAACAGCACAGGUCCCUACAACUUCCAGCCCCAACCCCCUGGCACAGAGAGCUCCGUUCUCCCUCGCCCCACCUUGGGCGAACGCAUGACAUGUAUUGUCAAUGCAUCCAUCACCUGCAUCUCUUCCCCUUCCUCUGUGACCGCUUCCCGCUCAAGUAGCAGCCACAGUCUGGCCAAGAGGAACAGGGCAUUCGCUUCGACCACUACUCAUUCCCCCCAGGGCUCCUUUUACGACAGUGCAGCUGCCACAGCCACCGCCGACGCGACAACAAGCCGCGCUAGGACAGCUGCCAGUCAGACCCAGGGUUCAGGUCAUGUUCGCCAUCACAGUCGACAGGAUGACCUUGGUGCAGGCGAGCGGGAGAGGGGUCACGACAGGCUGCGACUCUAUGUGUUUGGAGGCUUUCACCAGUACACGGACGCCGUCAACAACGACCUUUAUCGGCUGGAUGUGGAGACGAUGGUGUGGGAGAAGCUGAUUUACACCAAAGGCGAGCCACCGUCUAAACGGAACGACCACUCUGCCAGUCUUUGGGGAGACGAUCGUAUUGUCAUAUUUGGAGGUAGUGACGAGCGGAACCAAUACUGCAACGAUGUCCACAUUCUGAAUGUCCGUACAUUGACUUGGGAGACUCCGGAAGUAACCGGUGCUAUCCCGAUCGGACGAGUCAAGCACUCGGCGACGAUUGUGGACGACAAGCUAUACAUUUCUGGAGGAUGUCUUGAUCAGGAAGGCGUUUCGCAGGAACUCCUCUGUCUCGACCUCUUGACGUGGGAGUGGGAUGAGCCAAUCGACUUUGUUGCCCGAUACACCCAUACGCUCUUCGAGUUCCGCAACAAGCUGUUCGUAUACGGGGGCUACAACGAGGAGAUGGAUCGCACAGAGGUUAUUGCCUACAUGGACCUCGAGACCAAUCAGGUGACAAGGGUCAGCGUGUCUGAUGAAAUCGCACCGAACGUCGCUGCUCAACAGUUCUCACAAGUCUGUGGUCGGCAUCUGGUCGUCGUGAUCUCCCAAGGUCUGCGGUACGAGCUUCAAAAGUUCACAGGAGGAAUCUGGACUCUGGAUCUGGAAUGCUUCCAAUGGACAAAACACGACGACUGGAAGAUCCUGGGCGAGAACCACACCUGGCACUACUUUUCAAUGGAGCGAGACGGUGAUCAGUUCUACCUGAUUGGCGACAACAACGAGUCGGACGAGUACUUCAAGCAGGUUCUGACGAUCGAUAUGCGAGAGUAUGGGUCGUUCCAGGAGCCUCACGUCGCAAUAGGACAAGAACUUGGUCGACUCCUGCAGGACCAAAUGGCGCUGGCUGACUUUCGAAUCCUCUGUACGGGGACCGAUGCGCAGGCCAAUUCAGUUGUUCAGGCGACUGACCUCUCGGCAGACUACUAUCCUCACUCGGACGCCAGUGGCGAUAACGACAUGAUGAUUGACGCCCAGCCACUUAUGGUCCAACGGAUUCGGUCUCAGCGGCAGACACCCUCGUCAACCCGGGCCAACAGUCCACAGCAGGAGUCCAUCCUGUGUCAUAAGCUGAUCCUGAUGGCGCGGUGGCCCCACUUUGCGAGCAUGGUUCAGGCGGGAAUGCUAGAGGCCCAGACAAGCACUUUGACCCUCCCUGAGCCGUACGAGACUGUGAAGGGCUUUGUCGAGUACCUGUACACGGAUUCGAUUGAGGACAUGUCGACGGAUACAAUCGCGGACCUGCUAGUCAUGGGAAGCAUGUAUGUGAUGAGACGUCUGGUCCACCUUUGCAGCGCGGCGCUCCACCAGCAGAUCGACAUCGAGACAGUUUCUAGGAUCUAUCACAGAGCUGGCCUCAGUGGCCAGGUCGGACUGCGGCAAAGAGCGCUCAAGUUUAUGUUCCGCAACUAUGGUCCAGUCAGCAAGACCAUCGGUUUCCGGUCCUUGCCCAAGGAGGCGCUCUUUGACUUUUGGGACUCUACGCCCGAAGGUGCCGUCAUCAACGUUGCAGUUUAG